AUGGAUCAAGCAGAAGAACUUUCUGCAGACAGAAGGAAGAGCUUCCUCUCAGGUGACAAGGGAAAGAGCAAUGGCUGUAGGACCCUUGUGGGAUUUUUGUGCUUGCUCUCUGUGGUGGCUUUGCUGGCUGCUGUAGGAGAUCCAGCUGGAGCUGCAGUGCAGAGAAGUCAGGAAGAUGCCACAUCACCUGGUCUCCAUGGAGUUGGUGUCUCUGCUUUGCACAGCCCAGCCGUGCCCCCUCCAGCCCGGAGCAAACGCUACACCAUCACCCCAGCACGCCUGAAAUGGGACCACUUCAACCUGACAUACAAAAUCCUCUCCUUCCCGAGGAACCUGAUCGGCGCCCGGGACACGCGCAGGGGGCUGGCAGCUGCCUUCCGCAUGUGGAGCGAGGUCUCACCCUUCAGCUUCAGGGAGGUGCCACGGCACGUCCCCAGCGACCUCAAGAUUGGCUUCUACUCCAUCAAUCACACCGACUGCCUGGAGUCUCUCAUCCACCACUGCUUUGAUGGAACCACAGGGGAACUGGCCCAUGCCUUCUUCCCCCCCAAUGGGGAAAUCCACUUUGAUGACCAUGAGUACUGGAUCCUGGGGAAUACCAGGUUCAGCUGGAAAAAAGGUGUCUGGCUUACAGACCUGGUCCAUGUAGCAGCUCAUGAAAUUGGACAUGCCCUAGGCCUGAUGCACUCCCUGAACCCCAAUGCCCUCAUGCAUAUCAAUGCCACUCUGACUGGCAAGAAGAUCAUCUCCCAAGAUGAAGUCUGGGGAAUCCACAGGCUGUAUGGGUGCAGGGACAGGCUGCUGAUGUGUCCAGCGUGGGCACAGAAGGGCUUCUGUGAGAAGCGCAGGAAGCUGAUGAAGAGGCACUGCCCAGCCACCUGUGACUUCUGCUAUGAAUUCCCAUUCCCAACAGUCCCUCCUACUCUGCCCCCACCAAGGACAAAAACCAAGACAGUUUCUGAAGGCAGGAACGUCACCUUCCGCUGUGGACAGAAGAUAAUCCAUAAAAAAGGCAAAGUCUACUGGUAUAAAGAUAAGGAGCUGCUGGAAUACUCAUACCCAGGUUAUUUAUCCUUAAAUGAAGACCACAUGAGCAUCAUUGCCAAUGCAAUUAAUGAAGGAACUUACACCUGCAUAGUAAGGAAAAAAGAAAGAAUUCUGACUACUUAUUCCUGGAGAAUCAGACUGAAGCACUGA